GGGAGGGGUAAAAACCAGUCCCUGGGGAUAAAAAGAGAGCAAGCGAGUGGGCAGUCGUGAAGACAUCCAGAAGACUGAACAAGUCUAUCUCUCAACUGUGAGUACUUGUAACAUCUACACGCGCACACACAAACACACACAAGACGGGUCGGGACACAUGAUGGACAGGGUCUGGCUUUUGGCAUGACUUCCCGUCUCUGGCCCCGCUACUUCCUCGUCGUCUACGUGCUGACGGGGACCAUGGCGACCGGCGAGCCGGCCGGAUGCAAGAUCCGCAUCACGGACAGAGGCCUGGACAUGCUCAAAUGGGAGACGCAGAAGUUUGUGGAGGAGGAACUGAGCAACAUCAGCAUGCCCGAGAUGAGCGGCAAGGAGGGAAACUUCCAGUACACCAUCAACGACGUGAAGAUCAAGGAGCUCAACCUGACUUACGCCAACUUGAGCUUCCUUCCCGAGGCGGGUGUGAUGUUUGACGUACAGAACUCGUCCAUCACGCUCAGCUUCCACCGACGGCUCCUCUACUGGUUCCUUUACGACACAGGAAGGAUCGAGGCGUCCGCCGACGGCGUCCGCAUCAACACAGCGCUCGGCCUGGGCCGAGACGCGCUCGGACGCCUCAGGAUCAACAACGUCACCUGUGAAGCCAAAAUCCAGAAGAUGAAGGCAAAGUUCACUGGAACGUUAGGGAGAGUCUACGACUUCCUGGGCAGGUUUCUCACCACUGGCAUGCGCUUCCUCCUCAACAAGCAGAUCUGUCCGGCCCUGCAACAUGCGUCUCUAGUGCACAUCAACUCCAUGCUGGAGAGCAUCCCGGUGAGAACGGAGGUGGACAGCUACAUCGGGAUCGACUAUUCGCUGACCGACGACCCGCUGGUGACGUCUCGCAGUCUGGACAUGAACUUCCGAGGGAUGUUCUUCGAGCUGCGGGACGAGAAUGACACCCUGGUCAACUACGCGGCGGAGCCCGUCAUCCGAGAGUAUGACCGGAUGGUUUACUUGGCGCUGUCCGAAUUCUUCUUCGACAGCGGCCUCUUCUCCUACUACAAGGCGGAAAUCUUCCAGAUGAACAUCACCAAUGACAACAUGUCCAAAGAUCUGGAAAUGCUGCUGAGGACGACCUACUUCGGAACCGUCAUGAUGCUGAAUCCGGCACUGAUGGACUCGCCCGUGUCUUUGGAACUGGCUGUCAACGCUCCGCCAAAGUCCACCAUCAAGACGUCAGGCGCCACCGUCGCCAUGACGGCCCUCGUCAAGGUCAUGCUGAUGCCUGCCGGCCAGGCACCCGUGCUACUCAGCAGUAUGACCAUGGAAACCAAAUUUAACGCCAAAGUUUUCAUCAGAGGAAAACGUCUGGCGGUACAAGCCGACCUGCGCAGGUUCAAAAUCUACUCCAACCAAUCAGCGCUGGAAUCUCUGGCACUGAUUCCUCUGCAGGCUCCUCUGAAGACCAUGUUGCAGAUGUCCGUGGUGCCUCUCAUCAACAACUGGACCAAGCGAGGCGUUCGUAUCCCUCUGGCUGAUGGUAUAGACCUCGUUGAGGACGUGGUGGAGUAUCACAACGGUUUCAUCGUGAUUGGCGCAAACCUUCACUUCAGCAAAGGCCUGAGGGAGAUGGUGGCUGCCGCCGCAAAAUGAAUGCGCAUCCUCAUGCGCACACUGGCUCGAGCCUUGCACUUUCACACACACGCACAAACACACACUGUCAAUAUGAUGUAAAUAUACACAUUUGUAUACAUGCACUCAGUUCAAGAGGUUCAAUGAAUCGAUGAUCAAAUUAAUCGGUAAUUAUUUUGGACAAUCAAUGAAUCAUUUUGCUUUCUUUUUCAAUUUAAAAUUGUCCAAACGCUUGUAAUUCCAGCACCUCAUCAGUAAGUAUUAACCUAUUUCUGUCCUCCAGAAAAGAGGACUGAUUGUCUUUAUUUUGAACGAAAAUAAAACAAUUG